AUGACUCAAUCAACAGAAUCAGUCAUCAUAGUCGGCGCCGGCAUAGUCGGUUCAUCCCUAGCCUACUUCCUCUCCCAAUCUCCAACGCCGAGAAAGAUCACUUUGAUCGACCGCUCUUUCACAUCACUUCUCGGAUCGAGUGGCAUCGCCCCAGGCUUCAUCGGUCAGUUCAACGAAUCUGAAGUCCUGACCAAACUCGCCGUCGACAGCGUUUCAGAAUAUGUCAAGAUACCCGGCGGUUUUGAUAGAGUGGGCGGUUUAGAAAUUGCCUUCGAAAAAGCUGGUAUUCAAAGACUGAGAAACAGAUGUCAAGAUUCACAAAGGUUGGGCCUUCCGGCGAAGAUGAUGAGUAUUGAAGAGGCUCAUCGUCUUGCACCAAAUUUGGUAAAUGAAUCUGGUGCCGGAUCUGCGCUGUUCUUUUCGGACGAUGGUACGGCGAAUGCUGUCAAAAUCACGACUUGGUAUCAGGAAGAAGCGAAGAAGAAUGGAGCGAGCUUCGUGGAAGCUGACGUCCAGAAGCUCCUCAUUUCUCAAGGCUCUAUCACAGGUGUCGAGAUUCUUGACAACGGUAGUCCAUCGCAACUCAACGCUGACAAAGUUGUCCUUACGACAGGAAUCUGGGCCCAAGGUCUCGCUUCAGCCCUUGACUUCCCUGUCCCUGUCAUCCCAGUUGGUCAUCCUUAUAUGCACGGCCAGACCAGGAGUCCUCUGCCUCGCAAGCUUCCUUUCGUGCGAUGGCCAGAGCAUCACGUCUAUGCCCGUGAUCAUGGAGCAAACUUUGGUAUUGGAAGUUACGAUCACCAACCUAUUGGUCAAAAGCCAUCGGAUACUGCUACUGGAGGAUGGGUGGAUUGGUUUAAGCAGCCACUGAAGUUUGCAACGGGCUUACUACCCCCCGCUGCUGCAGGGGAGUUCAAGGAUGGAAGGAUGUUUAAUGGUGUUUUCUCAAUGACGCCUGAUAACAUGCCUCUCGCUGGUAAGGUUGGGUCUGUAGAGGGGCUAUAUACCGCUGUUGCUGUUUGGGUUACGCAUGCAGCUGGUACAGCCAAGUUUCUGACGGAUGUUAUUGAUGGGAAGGAUGCGGAUGAGAAGCGAAUUACAGCGCUUGACCCCGAGAGAUUCAGAGGACAGAAUUUUGAAGAGUUGGAAGAAAAGUCUCUUCAGGGGUAUAACUCUAUCUACAAGACUGUCAAGUCCAUCUAG